AUGGAGUUUAUUGCUGCGGGCGCAUCUUGGGCGCUGGGCAAGGCACCUUCGCCGCAGAAAAUUCUCGGACGUCUUGGUCUCGCAUCGCUGGUCGCACAGAAUUCAUGGCCUGAAUUAUCGUCGAAGCUCUCACCUGAAGCAUCAAUCGUGUUGCCUAAUGACCCCUCGUUUGGUGGUCUUGUUAGUAGAUGGCGGGAUUGGCAUGGACCGCAGCCUGGAGCAGUCGUGAGAACCUUCUCCGAGAGCGACGUGCAAGAAACUAUAAGAUACGCGAAUGAGCAUGGCAUUCCUUUUCUCGCCAGAUCUGGUGGCCAUGGAGCAACUGAAGCACUACAGCUGGCCAAGGAUGUUAUUGUCGUGGACCUGCGAGAUCAAAAGAUUGUCGAGAUUGCCGGAGAUGGAAAGUCUGCGAGGAUAGGUGGAGGCGCGAGUGUAAAGAAAGUCGUAAAUGAGCUUUGGACAGCUGGAAAGCAAACAGGCAGAGUGCUAAUACGACCUUCAGUCACCGGUAUCUGCGAGUGCGUCGGUGUCUCAGCACCCGUCCUUGGUGGCGGCCACGGCUGGUUGCAAGGCCAAUACGGCCUCGCAUCAGACCAAGUCAUUUCUGCACGAGUUGUACUCCCCAACGGAGACGCAGUGACGGCUUCCGAGGACUCGAACUCUGAUUUGUUCUGGGCUCUUCGUGGAGCAGGACAUAACUUUGGCAUUGUGACGGAAUGGCAAUACCGAAUCUACGACAUCAACAAUCUGAAGUGGUCUUAUGAGAUUUUCAUAUUCUUUGGAGAUGAACUGGAGGAUGUUUUGGAGUUGACGAAUAAGAUGAUGAAGACCCAACCGCCGCAUUUGACUCACUGGAUUUAUAUCGUCAACAUUCCUGAGAUUGAUCCCAAUAAGCCAAUUAUUUGGUACGCUGUCAUAUCAGACGGCCCUGCCCAAGAAGCGCGAGACUACGCAAAACCACUACACGACCUCGGCCCUAUCAACGUCGAUGCCGGCGAAGCUUCAAUGCCUGAGUUAGCCGCCAUCACCCUUAUGGGCGAUGAUACCGUCGGGUGCGCAAAGGGCUUCACUGGUCUCCGAUACCCAAUUGGCCUCAAAACCUACGAUCUCCUUGCCGUUCGAAAGGUCUUCAACGAAAUCGCCGACAUGUCGAAGCGCGUUCCCAAGUUCGCUGGUUCAUUCUUUCUUCUCGAAGGGUACUCCACACACGGCGUCAAGGCAAUUGAUGCAAAGAAAUCUGCGUUCCCUCACCGCGAUGAUGAGAUUCUUGUUACACCUUACAUUCUGUACAAACCCAACGCGACGCUCGACGGACUUGCGCAAGAGCAUGGUGAGAAAUUGAGGAGGCAUUUGCUAGAGGCUAGUGGAGACCCGGAGCAUUUACGCGCAUACGUUAACUAUGCUCACGGCUUCGAGUCUCUGGAAGAAAUGUACGGCCACGAGCCCUGGAGGAUCGAAAAGCUCAAGACCCUCAAAAAGAACAAGGCAUUCUCAGCCCUAAAAGCAAGUGUCAACCCUAUGCUGAAACCCUGGCAAAUCUCACCCGGUCUCACCGAAUGGAACAGCGGGCCUGCGAGUAGGGCGCACUACAGACCAGUACUCAACAGCCUGUCCGAGCAACGUUGUCGUGCAGUUCCUGUCGACAACGAAAGUACGCCGCCUUUUCUUGGCACUGAUGACGAUGCUGACGAGAUACUCAGACUCAAAUGUGAUCGCGAUGAGCCAUGUAGCAAUUGUGUUGCGAGAAAUGUCUCGUGUCAAUACGCGCCAUGGCCUCGAGGUCGUGUUGCUGCUCAGAGAAGGGAUAGCAGACAACAUGAUCUAAGUGAUCGCGUGCGCCACCUUGAGCAACUCCUGGGCUCUAUCGUCCAACAGCUUCCGACUCAGCAGGGGACAUCCAACGGUUCACCCAGUAUUAAGAGCCCGGCGAGUACUUAUGUAACAAACUCUCUGGCCACAGGAUCCCACCAAGGGUCUCAUCGGUCCUCUCAGGAAGGCUCUGAGGUCAAGCCUGGAAGGAUGAUGGCGAAUCCGAAUGAGACAAUUUAUGUUUCUAGCAGUCACUGGUCUGCUAUCUGUCACGAGGUUGAGCAUAUUCGUGAGCAUCUGGACGAAAGCCACGAAGCGAGUGAUUUGGGUAUUGUUGAUCAAGCCCAAAGUCAAGUACCGCUGCUUCUGGGACCUGGAAGACUGGCUCCGAGCCUUGAAGACAUUCUUGCGGAUGUUCCUCCGAAACACAUCACGGAUAGACUUGUGUCUCGUUAUUUCACCUCGACUCAGCCGUCAAUCUUGAUCACCCAUUCAGGAGAGUUUGAAGGCGAGUACAAACGCUUCUGGAAUGACCCCAACUCGGUAUCUGUUCAAUGGGUUGGGAUGCUCUUCGGCAUUCUGGCCACUGGAACAUUCCUGUACAUCCGAUCACAGGAUGAGCUACCUGGAGGAAUGGGCUCGCCUCUUGAGGUCGCAGAGUCCUUCCAGCAAAGAUGCACCGACUGUCUUAUUCUUUCCAAGUACUCUACAGCGCCUGGUAAGUAUACUCUGGAGACUCUUCUGUUCAAUAUCCACGGUGAAUUCGUGCGCCGUCGAGACGCUCAUCUCGGCGUGUGGAUCCUUACCGGUAUUGCUAUUCGUUUGGCUAUGCGGAUGGGAUACCAUCGUGAUCCAGAUAACUACCCUCGGAUUUCACCGUUCCACGGCGAGAUGAGGCGUCGUGUAUGGGGUGUUCUCCAGCAGCUUGACAUCCUGACUUCUUGCCAGCUGGGCCUGCCAUCGCUUAUCCAGGAGUCCCAGUGCGAUACCCGUCUGCCGCGCAACAUAAAUGAUGAAGAUUUUGGCCCUGAGUCCACGCAGCUUCCUCCACCAAGACCUGAGACGCAAGGUACUGGCGUUUUGUACACCCGCGUCAAAGUCAAGAUGAUGACCAUCUUCCGAACUAUUUUCAACCAGGUCUCACUUGGCAAGACAGAAGACUACAACGAGAUCAUGACUCUUGAUCAGAAGCUUCAUCAAAUGCAUCAGUCCAUGCCCACUUGUUACAAAAUAGCCAAGCUGGAAGAUUGCUUCAUGGUCCCGCCGUAUCUACUCAUUAGGCGAUACAAUCUUGAACUUCUCUUCCAGAAGGCAAGAUGUACACUACACCGCCAUCACAUGACAAAGGCAUACCAUGAUCCCAAGUACAACUACUCGAGAACGGCUUGCGUUGACUCAGCGAUGACAGUCCUUGGGCACCAGGCUAGUAUCCUGAAGGAGGUUCAAGUUGGUGGGCUAUUAUACAAUGACAGAUGGUUUCUCACCUCUCUGGAGAGACAUGACUUCUCGCUGGCAUCUAUGGUGGUCUGCGUGGAGCUUGGUAUGCCGCCAGAGCAACAGAACUCAGAACUCGUGGGAUAUACUCGGGAGAGUAUGAUCGACGCACUUAAAACCUCGCAGGCAUUUUGGGCAGCUAUUAAGGCCGUCUCUGCUGAGGCAAAGCAGGCAUAUGAUAUGCUCACAGUGAUGUUGAAAGCUGUCACGACUGGUUCGAAGGAUGAGUCGAUGCCUCUAGUUGUAAACCAAGAGAAAGCCCCAGCUCACAAUGGCAACGGCAACGGCAACGGGCACAUGAACGGGCAAUACAAUACGAGCGAAACUCCUUUCUCGACCGACUUUCAGGGCAUUGAGGCCAUGCUAAAUAGCUCAGAUGGCGUAGACUGGAUGACGCAGCGUGAUGUCAUCAAUAUGCCUGCUCAAUUAGUCAUCUUCGACUUUGACGGGACUCUUUUCGAUACCCAUCAAGCCAUCUCUCACAGUAUCAAGUUCACCUUCGACACACUCCUUCCAGCCUCAGCUCCAGCAGAGUCUGAGGUGCAGAAGUUGAUCGGUUCUGGCUUGGGUCUCAAGGAAGUCCUCAAGGAACUACAUCCUUCUCCGGACUCUUUCGACGAGGGUGAAUGGACGUCAACGUACCGUCGCUUCUACAAUGGCCAGGGACAAGAACUUGUCUCGGCAUUUCCUGGGGCUAAAGAACUUGUGAAAAAGUUGCAUGAAAGAGAGAUUUAUGUCGCCAUUGUCAGCAACAAAGGUGUAGCCGCGGUUGAGACAGCACUAAAGAACAACGGCAUUGACACCAUCCCGCAAGACUUAAUCGUCGGAGACAACACCCCUGGCGCAACGCGAAAGCCGGACACUGGAAGCUUCGAGAAUGUUUUGCUCCCGGCCCUGAAAGCUCGUGGACUCUCACAUGUUGACGUUUUGAAAACCUUAGUCGUUGGGGACACAGAGGCAGAUGUGAAAUUUGCCGCAAAUAUUGGAGCCAAGUCUAUUUGGUGCAGAUAUGGAUAUGGGGAAAAGAGCGCAUGCGAGAGAUUGAAGCCAAAUUUCACAGUGGAUUCAUUAGAUGAGGUUGCGGGAAUUGUGGAAAGGAUGUGAUUGAUAAAACUUUCGCCGGUUGGGCGAUAAGUUUUCAUGUAAAGUAGGAGACUUUCAAAAUUGGUGGGCUGCGCGGGUUAUCAGAUAUAAGUUGUGCUUAGAGUUCAGCUUAUCGACCUUGAAGCCCUGAGGCGAGAGGCGAAUCCUGUUCUCUCUUCAUGAAAGCUUAUUAUGGUAGCUUGAACCAUCAGAUGUGUUAUUUGCAGUUGAG